CCAUAUAAUAGACCGUGAGACACGUUUCAGAAGACAGAGGAGCCGGCUUCAAGUUGGUGCUUCUCCUUUAACCAGUAUCCUCUCUCUGAUCAUCCAUCGUUGCCGACUCCUUGCAAGCAAGAUCAACCAAUUUCUUUAGAGCGUGAUUCUCCGGAGCACUCUCAAUAAGAUUCUUAGACACCAACUCCAAGAUUACCCAUAACCUAGAAUCCGAAAAUCGUGCUUGAAGGAUAACUCUCUAACCGUAAACAAAAAUUCUUUUUCUUAACAAAGUAGAUCAACAACUUUGUAAUUUUCUGGGAAAAUGUUCUUUUUCGUUACAUUUUCAUUACUUUGCUGAUAGGAAAAGUAUUGGGAUUUAGUUCAAAAACCAAUUUUACUCCGUUUCGAUCGAUUUUUAUCGAUAUUUUAUGCUGAUAGUAAUAAAUGUUUAUGCAAAUUCUACAUCAAGACAAAGUUUAUAUUACUCAUAUUCAAUAAAAAUAUGCUCCAGUCAAGAGGAUAACAGAAAAAGAAUGAAGAAAAAAAGGUUAUUUGACUUUAGAAAAAAGAAAUAAGAAAGGGAGAUGAUGAAGAAGAGUGAGCAUGAUGCAAUUUAUGUAAGUGGCGUGACGCUACUGUGAUGAUUCGCAAUAAUAAGGGAGAAAUAGAUAGUUAUCAAGAUGCGUAGCUCUUCCAGGACAACCUUCCAAGGUCAUUUCAAGUACAAGACAUGACGAAAGACAAAGAGCUGUACACAGUUGAAAGAGACUAAAAGUGUUUAGCCACACUGCCACAGGCGAUGAUCAUUAAGGGGCGUUUAACCUAGAGGCUAGCAGAGAAAAUGCAGCCACUAAUGAUGAAGCGCAAGUAAUAACAAUAGUCAUCACGCAGAAGGCAACGAUAGCAUCAGGGUUGUUACCCUCAACCUUACACUAUUGUCAAAUCAAUUUAUCCAACUCACGACUGUAAAAUAAACAAAAUACCUGAUAAAGUGAGGAACAUCUUCAAGAUUCUAUGGAUCCUUUUUGCAUUAUCAUCAUUGGAAUUGAAAGUUGAGAAAAAAAAAGGGAAAUGCCAUGGAAAAUGAUUUCCUAAUUAUAAAGGAGUAAGAAUCUGGAUUGGAAUGGAUAAAAGGAGGGAAAAAUAGAUAAACUAGCUAAAGAAAAGAGUAAAGAAGGAGAGGAAGAAGUGUAGUACCGCUACUUGGCCGUCCAAUCCCUCGUGCUCCUCCACAAGAACCAACGAAUCCCUCGUAGUCUUUGGAUCCAACUCGUCCUGCCUACUGAGACCACCUUGGUUUAUAAAGACAAGCCUCGUAGCCGUGACCAAGACAGAGCCGUACCAACUGUCGAGCCAUCAGGAGGUUCCUUCAAGGUACCGGCUAGUGUUCGGAUAUCGGAGUGAUUAUUGAUAAUAAUAAUAUUAUUAUUAAAUAUUUAAAUAAUAUACUGAGUGACUUGUGAUUUUAUUCUACGUGAUCAUUGUGACUAUUAUCAAGAUGGGCUCGAAUACAAUUAAACGGCUCGUCAUAAAAACAGUAUUUUUAGCUGUAAUAGCAGAAUGUUGGGCUGGAAUAGCAAUGAUGAACACUUUUGAAAAAUUAACAAAUUUGGAUUACCGUGGCACAAUGAUCUAUAAUGCACGUAAUUUAUCCCUCUACGAGUGUCAGGAUUGGUGUCAGAGCAAGCCAGACUGUUUAGCGGCAGCCUUUUCAUUUGUUGUGAAUCCAUUAGCACCUAUACAGAAUACAGUAUGUGAAUUAUUCAAUGAAACAUCAGCAACAAAUCCUGAAGCAAUACCACAAAGAGCAGUCAACAAAUACUACAUGGUCAAACUACAGCUUCGAUCAGAGAAUGUUUGCCGACGCCCAUGGUCUUUUGAACGUGUACCGAACAAGAUGAUUCGAGGCCUAGACAACGCCCAAAUUUAUGCAUCAACUAAAGACGCUUGUUUAGCUGCAUGUCUCAAUGAACGUCGAUUUACUUGUCGAUCACUUGAAUACAAUUAUAUCACACUGCGUUGCUACCUCAGUGAUUCUGACAGAAGAUCUAGCGGGCAGUAUGUCCAAUUUAUUGAUUCUCAAGGAGUAGAUUACUUUGAGAAUUUAUGCUUGAGUAAAGACAGUGCAUGUAAAGCUAAUCGUAACUUCAUGCUUCCGAGAAUUGGAGUGGCUAAUGACAAAGUUGCUCAAUAUGUUGGGCUUCAAUAUUACGUUGACAAAGAACUUCAAGUUGCAGCAGAACUUAAUUGUAGAUUAGCUUGUGAAUCUGAAAAUGAAUUUCUUUGCCGGUCUUAUCUGUACCGAGGACAACCUUUACCAACUAAUCCAUACAACUGUCAACUAUUCCACUUGGAUCAUUGGACUCUUCCUGAUGGACCAUCUACUUACUUAAACUUUGAAAGACCACUUAUUGAUAACGGAGAGAGGAUUGGUACUUAUUAUGAAAAUAUGUGUGAAAAAAGCACAGAUCAUCCACUUAAUGUUGAUAUAACUGAAGACCCAAAUCAGAAUGUCACAAAUAUAAAAAGUGCUGAUGUUAAUUGUGACAAAACUGGAACAUGUUACGAUGUUUCUGUUGAUUGCAAAGACACUAGAAUAGCAGUGCACGUACGUACAAAUAAACCGUUCAAUGGUCGUAUUUAUGCCUUGGGGCGUUCAGAAACUUGUAACAAUGAUGUAGCUGAUAGCAAUUUCUUUAGAUUGGAUUUAACGAUGAGCGGUCAAGAUUGCAAUACUCAAAGUGUGACUGGCGUUUAUUCUAAUACUGUUGUUCUCCAACAUCACUCGAUAGUCAUGACUAAAGCAGACAAAGUUUACCGUGUCAAAUGUACUUAUGACAUGUCAUCAAAGAAUAUAACUUUUGGGAUGAUGCCAAUUAAGGAUCCUGAUAUGAUUAGCAUCACUAGUGCACCUGAAGCACCACCUCCAAAGAUCCGAAUCCUUGACAAUCGGGCGAGAGAAGUCGAAACUGUUCGCAUUGGAGACAAACUGACCUUUAGAAUUGAAAUUCCUGAAGACACACCGUACGGUAUUUUUGCACGUAGCUGCGUUGCCAUGGCUAAAGAUUCUAAAAGUACUUUCCAAAUAAUUGAUGAUGAAGGUUGCCCAGUUGAUACAUCUAUUUUCCCACCUUUCACAUCAGACCGUAAUGCUUUACAAUCAGUUUAUGAAGCAUUUAGGUUUACAGAAUCUUAUGGUGUUAUAUUCCAGUGUAAUGUCAAGUAUUGCCUUGGACCUUGUGAACCGGCAAUUUGUGAAUGGGGCCAUGAAUCAAUUGAGUCUUGGGGCAAAAGAAAACGAAGAAGCGUUAAAAAUAGCACAGAAGAAAAGGGCGAAGACAUGACGUUGUCACAAGAAAUUUUAGUCCUGGAUUUCGGUGAUGAAAAACAAUCAGAAUUUUUACGAAGUGAUGCUAGUAUAGAUUUUAAUGAAGCAGAUAAAACUGUGACAAUUGUUGAACCUUGUCCAACAAAAACGUCAGUACUUGCAUUAGGAGUAACUUGUGCUCUCCUCGUGUUACUCUAUAUCUCAACCAUUUUCUGCUAUUACAUGAAAAAGUGGCUGUCACCACGUAAGAUGAUGCCUUAAGGACGGCAAAACAGAACAACAAAAAUAUACGACUGAAUGUUAAAAUUCAUGAGAGCGACAUUGUCGCAGCAUCACUAGAUAUUUCUAACUGACCUUAACUCUAAGCUACUUUUGAUUGGGUUGCAAUCGGCUGUUUGGUUAUUUCAAGACUCAUAAUGAAUCUUGGAAUGAAUAAUUCAUAAAUAGUAAUAAUAAUUCAUUUGUGCUACUUGUAACCCAUAUCAAGACUAGCGAUAUUUAAACAUUCAUGCUUUACUAACGUAUCUUAUAUCAUAAAGACUUUCAUUCAUAUUAGUUUUAAGUUGUUAAGGAAUAAUAUAGACAGUAAUUAAGAAAUAAAAUUAUGGCAUUUAAUACUUAAAGUGGUGGUAAAAAUGUAACCCAGGGAUUUUGUAUCGUGCUCGUGCCAAUUUUCAUUCUCUAUAUUAUUUGUAACAUCA